AUGUUUGUGGAGGAUCGAAUGGGAACUUUAGAGAAAUUGAUCACCGAACAAGGAGUUAGAUUGGUAAAGCUAAAGAUGGAUCUUGAAUACAUCCAAAAACUACUAUUGAUCCGGUGUAUUCGGAAAUCUAGUGAAUCAAAUAGAUCUAUCUUGAAGGAGUGGUCCAAGGUUGGAGGGGGAGUCACCAAGAUGAUGUUGGACCAAGACUGUACAGUUACCUAUACUUUGAAGGGCAAGAUCCUUUGGGAUGGUAACUUUUUAAAGUUAAACAAGUCACUAUUUGAAUGUUUACUGGUGGCCUUUAUGGAAGGAAAUAUUGUUCACUGGUUUCACUUGAGAGAAAUAUUUUAG